AAGAGAGAGAGAGAGAGAAGCGCAAGCACCUCCCUCUCCGAGCCCCGAAGCUUCCCAUUCGCACGCUCGCCUCCCUCUACAACUCUCUCUCUCUCUUCGCCGUGCAAUGCGGUGACGAGGGCGGCGGGAUGGAAGCUUCACGGUGGUCGGACGGGUGGUCGCCGACGGGAGCUCCGGCGACCUUGCAGAGAGAGGACCACUGGCGGCACUUCGACAAUUCGGUCAACGCCGUGUCGUUCGGGUUCGUCGCCACCGCCAUCCUCAUCUCCAUGUUCCUGGUCAUGGCCAUCUUCGAGCGUUUCCUCCGGACCACCUCGCAGGAGUUCUCCGCCGCCGGCGAACGGCGGCACCGCGGCGGCGGCGGCGGCGGCGACCUCGAGUCCCAGAUGGGGUUCAAUCCAAAGCUCAAUUACCCUUCCCCGAAGAUGACUGUCUACACGAGCGGUGUCUCCGUCGUUAUGCCGGGAGACAAUAUUCCGACCUUCAUCGCAUGCCCAGCUCCCGUGCCCUGCCCACUGGAACGCGUCUCGUGGCCUCUCCAUCAACAUCUCCCCUUACCUCAUCAUCCUGCACAAAGCACUAGCUCGAACAGGGGUUCGUCCUCUACUCAAUGACGAACAGACACAGGGGAUGGCAAUAUCGCCAUGAGGAUUGUGGUGAUUUACAAUGGGUUCGGAGCACAAGUCGCUAACCAUCGGAAGCGGCACUCCAAACUCGGAAGCAUGUCCGCCGGAGAUUGAGGUUGGGAUGCUCUAUUUUUACUCCUGAGCUCUUGUAUUGAUGUACAUAAGAUUCCACAAUUUAGAGGUUAGGCCUGUGGCUAAUUUAUUCGAGUCAUCCCGCAAAGUUGCAGAAAAGCCUUGUAUGACAUGUUGGUAAUGCAUAGUCCAUCAUUGAAGAAUGUUGUCAUCUUGCUAA